AUGGCCUUCCUGCUCUCUCUACUGACAGCACUGGUGAUGCUCAGCUAUGGCCCAGUCCCAUCCCUGGGCUGUGAUCUCUCUCAGAACCACAUCCUGGCUAGUAGGAAGACCUUUGUGCUUUUGGGCCAAAUGAGGAGACUCUCCCCUUUCUUCUGUCUGAAGGACAGAAAGGACUUCAGAAUCCCUCAGGAGAUGGUGGACAGCAGUCAGCUGCAGAAGGUCCAGACCAUCUCUGUCCUCCACGAGAUGCUCCAGCAGACCUUCAACCUCUUCCACACAGAGGGCGCCUCUGCUGCUUGGAACACGACCCUCCUGGACCAACUCCACAGUGGACUCUCUCAGCAACUGGAUGACCUGGAGACGUGCUUGGUACAGGCA